GGCGCCCGCAGCCCCGCCGGCCGCUCCCGCCUCGCCUCGUGCGGCACCGCUCCCGGCACCGCUCCCCUGCUGCUCCCGCUCCGCUGCUGCUCCAGCUCCGCGCCGCCGCCAUGCCGUUCCUGGGGCAGGACUGGCGCUCCCCCGGGCAGAGCUGGGUGAAGACGGCCGACGGCUGGACGCGCUUCCUCGAUGAGAAGAGCGGCGGCUUCGUGGGCGACCUCAGCAGCUUUUGUAAAAAGGAUGAUCACAACAAAGAGAAUCUCUUCAACAGCCUGAACUAUGAUGUUGCUGCCAAGAAGAGAAAAAAAGACCUGCUAAAUAACAAAGCCAAGACACAAUAUUUCCACCAGGAGAAGUGGAUCUAUGUUCACAAGGGAAGCACAAAAGAGCGCCAUGGUUAUUGCACCUUGGGAGAAGCCUUCAACCGGCUUGACUUCUCCAGUGCUAUUCUGGACUCCAGGAGAUUCAACUAUGUCGUGAGGCUGUUGGAGCUGAUAGCAAAGUCUCAGCUGACGUCACUGAGUGGCAUUGCCCAGAAAAACUACAUGAACAUUUUGGAAAAAGUGGUGCAGAAAGUCCUUGAAGAUCAGCAGAACAUCAGGCUAAUACGGGAAUUGCUGCAGACCCUCUACACAUCCCUCUGCACGUUAGUUCAACGAGUUGGCAAGUCUGUCCUGGUUGGAAACAUCAACAUGUGGGUACACAGGAUGGAGAGCAUUCUCCACUGGCAGCAGCAACUGAACAACAUUCAGAUCACCAGGCCUCCCUUUAAAGGAACCACUUUCACCGACCUGCCGUUGUGUUUACAAUUGAACAUCAUGCAGCGACUGAGUGAUGGCAGGGACCUGGUUAGCCUUGGUCAGGUGGCUCCUGACCUGCAAGUCCUCAGUGAAGACCGGCUGCUAUGGAAGAAACUCUGCCAGUACCACUUCACAGACAGACAGAUUCGCAAACGGCUGAUCUUGUCUGACAAAGGACAGCUGGAUUGGAAAAAGAUGUACUUCAAGCUUAUAAGGUGCUACCCACGGAAGGAGCAGUAUGGUGACACACUACAGCUGUGCAGGCACUGCCACAUCCUCUCCUGGAAGGGUACUGAUCACCCCUGCACAGCCAACAACCCAGAGACUUGCUCCACCUCUCUUUCACCACAGGAGUUUAUCAACUUGUUCAGGUUCUGAACUUGGGUCACCGCAGCUUAUGUGAUUCUUACAGGACACUUUAUGCCACUGAGCUUGGACACUCCAUUUGUAAAUAGUGUAAAUAUUCGUGUUUGUUGGAAGCUCCUGAGUCAAGGAACAAGAAGAUCUUGGAGGUGAAAGGUGAAAUUGCUCACUGACAUGCAGCACUUAAGGAAUACAGACUUCUACAGGACUGGUGUAUAAAUACAGCGUGUUGUACAGAGUCCCUUUUUUAUCAUCAGAGUACAAUAUACAGGGCAAAAAAGCUUCUUUUUUUGUUUUUUUAGAAGUUAAAAAUGAAUUUGCCCCAUAACCAUUUGAGAACUCUUUUGUUUUGUUUCUAAUAGAAAGAAAGCAAUACGAGGCUAGGACUGUUGAACUGUUCCUCCAUCUGGUUUUAUUUAGCAUACAUAUUUAUAAAUAUGACGUUUUAAAAAUAUUUAUGAAAAUAUCCCUGUGACAAGUUUAAUAAUACUUUUAUGCUUUUAAAAGGACACAUUCUGAAAUACUUAGGAUAGAACUCUAGCCUACUUGCAAGACAGAAUCGCAACAUACCACUUUCUACCUCUAACAGAUUGAGUACUUUUCAAACAAAAAUCCAGUGUACAAUGUGAACUUUUGUAUUUUGUACAAUGAUUUAAAGGGAAAUGCUUGUGAUAGUAAGCAUCUUUUCUUGUAUUAGUGCUUACCUCUUUACAUUAGUUUUCUCGCUCUACUCAGUGCUUGAAUGCCUAGAUGAUAGGCACCUUAUAAAUACCUAAGACUUUACUCCAUCCUCUUUUAAUUUGUUGGCUUUAUGAAAGACUAAGCAAAAGGGAAAGGAGAAGCCACAAGGAUGACUAUAAUCUAUAAGGGAGGAAGUUCUGUUAUAGGGGAAACAAAGGACUGGAUUUAAUCUCACAAGGUAAAUUUGUAUCAGCUCCACUGGGUUAAUUGCACUGGUUGAAAUCCCAAGUAAGGUUAGAAGCUGUUUUUUCAAGCCCAUGUUUUCCAACAUAAAUGCUGCUCUGUAUUCCCACUGCUGUCAAGUGAAUUCAGUCAUCUUGGAGCUGGUAAACUAUAGGGAGAACUGGGCCAUUUAUCUUGUGAAAUGAUGCGGUUUUUAGUCACUGGAAGACUGGCAACAAAAUCUUUAGUUUCAGACUAUUGGAGUUUCUGGAGGGAUUAUUUAGUAGUCAGGACUGGGAGUAGCAAGGGAUUUCCAACAUGGCACUUGAUACAUCUUUGGUUACUUCUCCACGCCGGUGGCAAAGACCCAAAGACCCUAAUCCCUUCUGCUUCCAGCGCUGAGCUGCUUUAUGGGAUCUUCUAACCCUAAACUAGAGCUAAAUUUUCAGUCCUGCGGAGUAAGUGGCCACUUGGCUGUGAUCUGGCUCACUGUCUCCUGUGUACAAUGCUUCACUUUUCCCCACAGUGGAGCUUGAAGAAUCCAGCUCAUACAGAGCCAUUUGAAAACCUGCAGUGGAAAGUUUUUGCUGUUUGCCAGUAGAUUUCCUGUAUAGCACUUUCUCUGUGCAUGAUGUAAGCAGGAUACCUCGGAAGGGUAAAUAUUUAGUGGGUUAUCUGUGACUAUGUACAAAGAAUUGUGAGGAAGAGGAGUACUCAGGACAAUUCAGGAAGAACUACUUGACUUAAUUAUUGUUAAAUAUUCUGAUCCUUUUUUUACAUUUUUAUAACUGACUUUCAACACUUUUCUGCAGCUGUUUGUACUUAAAAAUAAUAGUAUUUGCAUUUUUGCAAACUAAAUCACUUUGCAUACUCUUGGAAGAGACAGGGAAAGGGAAAAAAGCUGCCUCUAGAUGGAGCAGUGGGGAAUAGGGGAGAAAAACAAGGAAAAUGCUGACAAGAAUUUCCCUUCUCCUACCACCUAACAGCAAAUCCAAGUUUUUGCUCUUUCAGAGAGCUCUGUGAGCCUGUGCCACCCUUAGCCAUGGCCCAGAGCUCAUCAGUCUCCAAAGGUGAGGAGAAAACAUGCAGGAUAGGGAGCUUUAUCUUGGUGUUGAUGGCCCCUCCAUCAGUUUGACUGCUGGUGGAAAGCAUAAGCCUGCUGGAUCAUAAUCAUGUCAACUGAAAGUGAUUUAAAAGCUGUUACCUUGGAAAAAUAAACUUGUGCUUGUCUUGGGGGAUGUUUGUGAGUGAGGGAGGCCAGUUUUUGUUUUCACUCCCGCAUUGAUGGCGGGUAGACAAGGCUGAAAUCUGGCUUGCUGAGUGAGGACGCUAAGAACAGAAACUUGCAAGUGAAGUGAGUGAAGCAUUGCCACUGAACUGAAUCUGAAGGGUCCUGUAACUCCUUUUUCCAGCAGUGAGAGGACCUGUCCAUCUUGGCAUCUUCUGUUUCCAGUUCUGACUUGGGAUUGGUUUGUUUCAUAGUUUUGUCUCUGCCACCCAUCGUGAGCCAACCUGUUGUGAUGGGAAGCAAGAGCAUUUUCGUAUGAAAUGCUGGGGGGUUAAGCCCAGUCUGCAUCUGUGCUGAGCAGAUGAUACUCACUGUGAGAUUGUGACACUGAGUGAAUGUUAAGCUCAGGUUUGAAUCUGGCCUGGUGCAUUCCCUGUAUUGCAAGACAGAAAAUCCCAGCAUUGAGCUGUGAUUGGGGAAUGUCUCAGUGUAGCCAUGGCCUCUAUCAACUCUUCACUUGCCUUGAGCAAAGAGUUUAUUCUGUCUUCUGCCCAGAGAGCAUGGAUCAUGCUGACAACAGAUUUAAUGUGCAACUGAGGCUCCUAUUUAUAAAACUUACUUCAAUUAGUGUGGUUUUUACUUCUUAGCAUUGGAAGGGUCAAAGUGUUGAAGCUGAUUUGUUAAUACAUAGACACUGUGUGUUGCUUGUGUGAGGUCUUAAGAUAUUGCUGUCAGUGUCUAAACCAGCAGAACACCAAGCAACUACUGUACUGGAGAACAAAACAGACUAAGCAAAAAGAAACAGAAUAAGCCUUAUUCAGUUACUGCCUCAGUCAUUACUGUCCUGCUGCAGCAACUGUCAAAGAUGACCUUGGUCUCUUUGGAGGCUCAUUGUUUCUCACGUGGCUGGUACAGGGAGAUGUUGUGGUGAAUUCAAUCCUCUUGCUUUGUAUUUAAAACAAAAUGCUGUUGCAUCCAAAUACCUUACUCUAACCAUUUAUAAACAAAGCAAUCAGUAUUUUAGCAGUGCAAAGGCAUCUGCUUGGCUGAGGAUGGCAGAGUAACAAAACUGACAGUGAUAACAGGGGCUUCCAGGCAGGAUGGAUUUAAGGCUGCUGUGAUGCAAAAAGGACCUCUUUAUUUGAAGACAAUUGUGGCAAAGCUGUUGUUGAAGGGAAAACAGACUUUUGCUUGUAUUUUGGAAAUAAUAGAAUGUUCUUUUCAAAUGACAUUUCACCUUCCAGUCAGUUGAUGCAUUCCCAUUAGACAUGCAUCGGUUCUUAUACUAGGAGAGUUUUUCCUCUCUUUGGGGUUUUCUCUUGCCAGCAUAUCCAGAGAAAUCUCACUGUCUUCAGAGGAUGUAUUAACUAGUACAGCAACAUAGAACAUGGUGCUGUGAAGAGAAAAAAAAAAAUAGAUCCAUGCCAGGGAGGAGGCUUAGGAAGGGAGAGAUCUCAGUGAUCUGUUUCAGCUUUCUAGAGGAGGCAGUUGUUUGGAGUUUGUUUUGAUGUGAUGGCCAUUUCAAGAGGCACAAUUUCAGCUGUACAUACCUUAAGCCAUUUAUCCUAACUACGGUAUGCUAAAGUUUGAUCAUAAAGAGUGUGUACAUCCUCUUACGUUUUUUGGGUUCUUUUUUUUUUUUUUUUUUUAACUGUGGGAGUUUCUAGAUCCUUUUAUUAUGUAAAGUGAUUAGGAAAAUAUGUAUUGCUCUGAAGACAUUGCUUUGUAUGUAAACAUUUAAUUGCACCCUGCCACUUUGUGUAUAUGGGAAUAUAUUUUUUAUUAUUUGCCCCUGGGUUUUGAACUGUUUGUAUUCCCAUUUCUGUUUGACUUCAGUUUUUCUCAUGAAUCUGUCACCUUCUAGAACAUAUGCAGGUACUAAACCAGCUUUUCCUGCCCAGAAAAUUCCUUGGCCUUCAGUAGCUCAAAUUUAAUUUAGAGCAGGAACGUUUCCAAUUCUGUUGUGUAGCAAACAAAUCAGGUGUGCUGUUUCACACUGAUCUCCUGGUCGGUACAGCAAACCAGCGUUGUCCUCCUUUUGUUUUUACAAACCUGUUGCACGGCUACCCCGUAGAUCAGCACCUUGCCAAAAUGACAUAGCUUUGAAUUAAAAUGCCCCUCUUCCUAGCUGGCCUGUUUGCACAAGCAUAGGCCCUGUGGAGCUGAUGGCUGAUCGGGUUGUUACAGACUCCCUCGUACAAGGUUUGGGACCCUGGUGUUCUGCUUGUACUGUGUGUCUCAGCCCACUGGUUAUAGUGAUGCUGGUUAAAGGCUCUGAAGCUGUGGUCAGCCAUUCACACAGCUGUCAGCACGUGGCUGCUGGGCUCCCUGAGUGUCUUUACCAGCACCUAAUUUCUAUUCUGUAUCUUCCUCCAGUGAUUUCACCGGUGGCAAAUCGGCUUUGCAGGAUCUGGCCGUAGGGAGAACAAAUCCAUCUUGUCCUUGACACAUGCAAUCUCUCUUACGUAAAUACCUGGAACACCAGAGAAAUUCCCCCUUUAUUGAUCAAGUGUUGCUGCUUCUCCUCCUAGGAGGGCAGCUGAGGGUAGAACUUGCAUUUGUUUAGCCAUCAUGUGCUGCACAGAAUGCUAACAGGUCUGCUAGCAAGAGAGCAUUUUAAUUUGAAAUAGCAAAUACGCUCAUCUUUAGGAACUAAUCUACAGUAAUUAUAAAUAUGUACUUAUAUAUGGAAGAGAGCGUGUGUUCUGUUUGUUUUUCCUUAAAGUUGUAACUAGAGAUGAUAUGAAGUGAAAGGCAUCCCUUAUAUAAGACUUCUGUUUAAUAUUAUUGUGUGGUUAAAAUCCUUCCAUUAUAAAUUUGCACACUUCUUUCCUCUUCCCUUGCAUGUUCAACGCUGAUUUUUACAGCUGUUCUGUGCAGACAGUAAUGUAUUUUUGUAAAACAUUUUUGACACUGAAUUGCAAUAAAUGUUCAAACAAUGUGAA